CGCGCGCCGACGCGACGAGUUAGUGCGUCUCGCGCGGUCCGUGAGAGGUAGACUCGCGACUUGUGUCUCUUACUUUUUGAAAAUUAUUUUCGCCGCAAAUCUCCUUCAUCAGGCUGCGGAAUUGGAAUUCGCGCUGGGAAGAUAUAUCGCAAAUAUACACAACGCGUUUUCAUCGCGUUCGCUCGGUAGUGCUCGGUAGCGCAGAGGGGCGCGAGGCUUGUUUUCAGUGAUUUUUGAACAGCAGGUGGUUUUUGAAAAAGCAUCUUGAUCGUAGUUCCGAGCUGAUUAUGCCCGUGGAGCUGGAACCCAUGGCGCCUGUAGCUCCUACGUCUUACAAUGGGGAGAAGAAGAUGAACAAGCUGUGCCGGCAGCUCUCGAUCGAGAGUCCCAGCGUGACCGGGAGUCGGGAGUGUGUGUUCAGCUUCGACGUGCCCGUGCCGGACGUGCCGGCACACGGCGCCCGCAUCAGGGUGAUGUGCGCCGGUGCGUGCUACCACCCUCGCCGUUCGCCGAGUCUGAACAGCUUGACGUCGGUGUCGAGCGCCAGCAGCCUCGUCACCGACAUGUCCUUGGAGAGCGACUACCCCGUGUCGCUGCCGCAUCAUGGGGUGCGCGACGCCGCCUUGUUCCCCGGCUACGAGGUCGCCGGUGUGAUCGAGUCGUUUGGCACUGAAGUGUCCGAGGACUGCGAGCUCGCAGUGGGCGAUCGUGUGAUCCUCUACCCGUACGACGGCAUCCCCAACGGCUACGUGGAGUACCUGGUGGUGCAUGAUCUCAAGUACCUGAUCAAGAUCCCGGACAGCAUGUCACUCAGCGUGGCGGCUAUGUUGCCGGCUGGCGCGCUCUUGGCGAUGAACACCGUCUUCGCCGCGCAUGAGCACGUGCAGGCGUUGCUGAAGGAGAGAGGUGAGAAGAGCGUCUGCAAGAUUCUGAUAGUCGGCACCGGUGGCCUCGCUCUGUGGGCGCUCAGGAUCGCAUCGUAUCACUUCAGCAAUAUGAGGGACAGGGUCACCACUACGGUGGCCAGUCUCAAGGACGACGGUCUUCAAAUAGCUCAGGAGUUUCAGCGUCGGCACGUCGGUUACAGGGUGAACGUGGUGCAGUGGAGCGAAGACCUGUACGAGAAGCAGCUGAUCGAGCGCACGAUGGAUGCAUGCCAAGGCCAGGUGGACGUAGUGAUCGACUUCGGCACGACCUCGCGCAACCUCCACCGCAGCAUGCAGUGCCUCAGCAAGGGCGGCGUGGUGUUCGUGAUCAAGGAGGUGGCCGACCGGCUGCUGCCCAAGUUCAGCCGACGGGCGGAGGAGAAACAGCAAUCCAUCAAGCCGGUCGAGCCGGGCACUCUCGAGCAGCUUCGCGAACUCGUGCAGCUGGUCGGCUCCGGCGAGAUCGAGCCACCGCCGCACACCGUCUACCCGGCCGAGGAGGCGCUCGACGUCGUGCACAAGCUCUGCCACUCGGAGAUCCAGGGUCGCGCGAUCCUCCGCUUUUAUCCCGCGGAUUAGAAGUCCCGCCGCUGAGAGAUUACUAGUCGCGGUCGCGGAUCGACGAGCGAGAGACAGAUUCGACGACGACGACGACGACGACGAUGAUGACGACGAUGACGACGACAACGACAAUUAUAAUGAUGAUGAUGAUAAUGACAACCACAACCACAGGCACGUAGUUGAGACACGUGGCGGUCUAGUCGGCAAUCAUACAAUUGUUAGAAUCAGCGCGAGCGUUUCCGCAGUCGAUCGAAAUUAAAUUAGCAGCUCCGACGGAGUUGAGCUAUCAGAGUUGGACGACAGCAGUCGUCCUCUACCGAUAGCCGGAUAGCUAGACCAGAGACCUGGUGAGAGAUGACGUGUUGUGGGAUGGGGGCGAGGAGGAGGAGGAGGAGGAGGAAGAAGAAGUUGAAGGAGGUUUUUUUCGGCAGGAUGAUAUUCGCUCGUUUUGACACGUUGGUCCAUAUCGCUCGAUCGCAUGAAAUGACGAUAAUCUUGAAGAACACGUUAAAUCCCUUGAGAAAAAGAUCUCUCUGUACCGCAUAGCGAGGAGAAGUCUUUCCCGCGGGAGAUCGAAUUCUGCGACCUCGAGGUCGCAGAAUUUGUCACAGAACGAGACGGAAAGUUUUCGUUCGUUGCUUCGGAUUCGCAGCGGCUUUCGUUUGGAGAGCAGUCGGACCGUGUGUAAUUCGCGAAGAUAAUCACAGCGUUAUACGCGUGUGAAACGCGCGUCACACGAGAGAGAGAGAGAGAGAGAGAGAGAGAGAAAAGUGUUGUCAGAUAACGCCGAUGUAAGGAGGAAGUAACGGUAUUUGCUUUUGGUGGCAUGUCUCUUUAUCUUCCACAGAUAGAUGUGUAAGAACAGCUUAACACGAAGAUUUAACGACGAUUUACAGCGUGUGACGUUAACGGAUAAAACUCUGAUGUAAGCGAGGACGGUGCUCUACUUCGUUCUUCCGGAUGAUAAUCGUCGAACGAAGAAGACGCACCUGCGCGUAGCAAUAUGAUUAUUGCACGAUGCGAGUCCCUUCGAUCUACGCGCGAAACCUCGGCGCUGAAAUCGAAUGACACGCACGAUGAUCACUUCUGCUUCGGUCGAUGCGGUGAUACUUCCUUCGAGUUACUGAGUGAAAGGCAACGGUGAAUAUAUAGUUAUAUAGUUAAUACGAUAUCAACUACGAUACCUUCUACGAACUUCUACCAACGAUAAUAACUUCUACUUUGGUCGAUGCAGCGACACCUCCACAACAGUUAUCAAGUAACGACAACGGUGAGUAAUCAUAUAACUAAUACGACUAAUAUUAGCUAUAUGAUUGCACCGUUGCGAUUGUACUCGGUAAUUUGUAAAAGUAUCGAUCGAAGCAGAAGUUAUUAUCCUGCACGGCAUUGAUGUAUGAUGUUGUAAUUAACAACGACACAAGAAGGGAUUGAAGAAGAAUAUUUUUGCUUAAAACCGAUGGACGAACAAACGAAUGUUGGGACUCUGAGAUUUUCCCAACGAAAUGCCCGAUUGAUAUCGUUAAAGGAGCGACGACGUUCUCGUCGCGUAUUUAGAGCCGCGAAUGUAAAAAUUCGAAUCGCACCCGGGUAUAAAUAUAAAGCAUCGUUUAUAAAACAAAUAUAUAACAUGUAAUAAAUUCGUAAAAUUCUGAAUACGCGGCGAGAAUACAGGUCGUCAGGUUCCGUAUGUAAAAUCGACGUGGACGAAGGAUUUUAGGAUGAGAAAAUGACUCGCGCCGAAGACGGAGGCAGCGACCUCGUCGAGCGCGCACCAUUCGUCCGGUUGUAAACGGUAAAUUCCUUACUGUGCUAAAGAUAUAUUCAACGCUAUUCAUCUCAAUUAUCGAGAAACGUCGUUCUUAACGACCGCAAUAACCAGUCGACAGUCUUGCAGUUAGUCGAAACGCGUGAAAUCACGCUGACUAAUCAGACUAUCAUUGUCACGAACGACGAUAAUCAGACUCCGUCGAGCGUCGCCGAUGAGACACUGCAAAUUGUUACCGCGCAGCGAGUUAAUUUGUAUUAUCCAAACAAGUCCGAUAUUUCGCAGUACAUUUCAAUGCGCAUAUAUUGCGGUGACGCCGCAACGCAAGAUCAAAUGUGUAUUUACUGUCAGUUACCGUUAAGUUUACCGUUUAAGGUGAGGAUGUUGAAUUGUAGCGGAUAUCCGAUUUUAUUGUAAGACGUGAGACGUGAGAUAUUGUUGCCCGGUGUAGUUACAGAAGGCAUAAUCAGCCGUGUAAAUUAAAAUUUGCUUAAUAAUCGAUUUGAUGCGAUAAGUGACGGCAAAUUGAGAGUGCAAUUGACAAAAUGCGGAGAAACUUUUUGGCAAGAUAUGCUUUGCAAUUUUUAACAAGGAGAUAUGAUCGCUGUGCCUUCGUAGCUGAUUCUUUGCUGAUUCUGAUAUACUCGGUAAACGUAAUUGAGACAAAACUCUUCAUGGUAUAUUUUCUAGUCGGUGGACACGUUUCCUCGCGUGGGAAAGCUGAGAAACCAGAUUCUUCGACGCGAGUUUUCAAAGACACAGGCGACUAGUGAACUUUCGGUUAAACGCGAACACGGUUCCACUGAAUUUUAACGUUCUGACAUUUUCUUUUCCUCAAUUCAGAUACAAUUGCUUCGUUACACAUCGAUGAUACGUCACCUUACGGUAGCGCACGGAUAUUCGCGUGAGACAUAUGUUACUUCGAUUACUUAGGAUUUUACCCGGUAUCACGGGAAUUGUAUUUAAUUACAUCGUAAUUGCAUCGUAAUCAGAAUCGCAAGCGGUUCUAAUACUCGAAUC